UCCAGGCUGCAGAACUCAGACCUGUCUGCAGAGUUCCCUGUCCUCUACCCCGGGCAGCUCAGGUGGCACCGGUCUGGUUUCUGUCACCCUGUGACCUGCAGGUACUGGGCGAUCCAUAGGGAGGAUGUUAGGACACCCAGGCCACUGGGACAUGGACUCAGUAUCCUUCGAGGAUGUGGCUGUGAACUUCACCCAUGAAGAGUGGGCUUUGCUGGAUCAUUUCCAGAAGAACCUCUACAGAGAUGUGAUGUGGGAAACCUUCAAGAACCUGUCUUCUAUAGGAAACAAAUGGGAAGUCCAGAGCAUUGAAGAUGAGUACAAAAUUCCUGAGAUAAAUCUAAGAACUUAUGUGGUGGAGAGACUCUGUGAAAGUAAAGAAGGUAUUCAGUCUGGAGAAAUUUUUAACCAUACUUCAAAUCUUAAUCUGAAGAAAAUUCCUACUAGAGUAAAACCAUGUGAACGCAGUGUGUGUGGAAUUGUCUUUACAUGUCACUCAUCCCUUGAUAGGCAUACCUUAUCUCACUCUGGAUGCAAACCAUAUGAGUGUAAUGAAUAUGGAGAGAAGCCAUAUAAAUGUAAAGAAUGUGAUAAACAAUUUAAAUGUUUCAGUUCCUUUCAAGUACAUGAAAAAGUUCAUGCUGAAGAAAAACACUUUGUAUAUAAAAAAUAUGGUAAAUCAUUCAAUUUUCCCAGUUUUCUUCAAACACAUAAAAAGACUCACACUGGAGGAAAUCCCAAUGAAUGUAAGGAAUGUGGAAAAGUCUUUAGAUGUUCUGGUUCCCUUCAAAUACAUGAAAGAUGUCAUACUGGAGAGAAACUCUAUAAAUGUGAGGAAUGUGGUAAAGCCUUCAGAUCUUCCAGUUCUUUUCAAAAACAUGAAAAAUCUCAUUCUGGAGAGAGACCCUAUAAAUGUAAGGACUGUGGUAAAGCCUUCAGUAGCUCUUUUUCUCUUCGACUACAUGGAAGGAUUCACACUGGAGAGAAACCUCAUAAAUGUAAGGAAUGUGGUAAAUCAUUCAACUUUCCCAGUUACCUUCAAGUACAUGAAAGAAUUCAUACUGGUGAGAAACCCUAUGCAUGUAAGGCAUGUGGUAAAGCCUUUAGAAGUUCCACUUCCCUUCAAAAACAUGAAAGAUUUCAUACUGGAGAGAAACUCUACAAAUGUAAAGAAUGCAGUAAAGUCUUCAUAUGUUCCACUGACCUUCAAAUACAUAAAAGAACUCAUACUGGAGAAAAACCCUGUGAAUGUAAGAGAUGUGGUAAAGCCUUUACAUGCUGUAGUUCCCUUAGGAAACACGAAAGAACUCAUACUGAAGAGAAACCCUAUAAAUGUAAGGAAUGUGGGAAAGCAUUCUAUUUUCCCAGCUGCCUUCAAAGACAUGAAAAAACUCAUACUACAUUAAAGCCCUAUAAAUGUAAAAUAUGUGGUAAAGCCUGCAGCACUUCCAUUUCCCUUCAAAGACAUGGAAGGUCUCAUACUAGGGAGAAACCCUAUGAAUGUAAGGAAUGUGGGAAAACAUUCAGUUUUCUCAGUUUCCUUCAAAGACACAAAGAUCUCAAAAGAUCUCAUACUGGAGAGUAAUCCUAUGAAUGUAAAAAUUUGACAAAGACAUCAGUGCUUCCAAGCUUUAUCCUGCUUCUGGAGGCACCGAGGUCACCAGGCAGUAGACUCUUCCACUAGAUCCUGAUGAGACGAACCUGCCCUCCUCCCUGUGAUCGUCACUACUGGGGUAAUAAGGACAAUGCAGAAACUGCAACCAAGACCAGGAAAGAAGGUCUCAGGAACACAUCUGUAGCUUUUUUUUUUCCAUUCUG